GUGCAGCUCCAGGGGUGUGGAGUGCUGUCACAUGGGGUCAGGAGCCUGGGCCCACCCAGAAUGUGAGUCGUCAAUCAUGCAAUACAAGCAGCAAGAUAAGGCCGGAGUGGGGAAUGCCUUUCUCUUCAGAGUUAAUCUCCCGUUUAACACCGCUCUCUGAUAGCGAACAAGUAUUUUCUUGAUCUGAGAUCAUGAUUCUGAAAAGCCGGCCUUCACAGAAAAGGCAGAGAUGGGGGCAUGCCGUGCAGGGGGUUGUGUUUCAUGAGCAGAGGCAGGCCAGCCCUGUAGGUCCUGUGGUGCACUUUAUCACCACUCUUGUUGCUUGUGAAUCUGUGCCAUGGGGGUCUCGGCUCGGCACAACUCCGCUAACUUUACUUUGUUUUCUUCAUGAGAAGUAAGCAAAGUGUUUUGCCCGCCGCAGAAACCUCUGGGGGAAAAAAAAACAAAACUCUGCAUUACCACUUUCUUGAGGCUCUUUUAGAUGCAAUCACCAGAAGGAAAAUAGUUACAGAUAAGAACAAGGCUGUGACUCUGAGAUUGGAUCUUUCCCAGCAAGGUGGGAGCCAUUGGAGGACUGCCUUUCUGCUGCUGACCUCCAAAAUGCUCCUUGUUUCCUGGGGGACUUUAAUAGGAGCGACACUGAUGCUUGCAUGUCAAGUACUUGUGACUGUCUUUGAAUUGUGGUUCCUUCCGGUCUGAACAAUGAAAAAGUAAAAAAUAGAUUAUGUUGAGCAAAAAGGCGAAAUUAUAAAAACAGCCAAAUGUAACACAAAUUGCAGAGCACUGGGUUAUUUAUUGCAGGCUGUGCACCUCAGUCUCCUUCUGGGAAAGUAGAAGACAUGGUGCCCAGUUCAUAGUGUAUAAAUUAGAUCUUUGCUUUCAUAAUCAAACAAUGAGCAUAGAAAUGUAUUUUCUUCAUAUCUGUAUUGUGUUUUGACUGCAUACAGAAAUAGGGAUUGUUAAAAGUAAUAAUGACAAGGAAUCAGGAUGUCUGGCUAGGGGCUAUAUACCAUGUGUUCAGCUGCAGCAGCCUUUCACGUUUGGACUCAACUGCAGUUAAGCAAUGUAAAUAAAGACUUUGAAUUCAAGUUGUGAUUGAGAUUUCUGUCAUUGUGCUGUCACUGGAAGAUAUCACUCAGCUUUAGCAGUUCUGUGACGCUUUCUGGAUGAAACUGUACACUGUAAAGCUGGAGAUCCUCAAUGUUCUAAAUCUUCAAUACAUGCAGCUGCUGGUGAGCAGGUGGUGCUUCUUUACACAAAGGGUGGUGGGAGCGUGGAACAGGGUGCGCAGUUGUACUGUUGAUGGCCAUACCCUGGCUUCUUUGAGGAAACAUCUGGAUCCUUGCAUCAGUUAACUAUUUCAAACCAAAUGAGCUAGACAGGUCGAAUUUCCCUUUCAUUUGCUUUUUUGUUCUGAUUUCGAUUUUUCCAUCCUGCAAUGUUGCCUUUGUGCCUAGGUGGUUGACUGAAAUCCACUCAUAGGUACAGACUUGAAGAAUGGAAUUGGUUAGAUUUUUUUUUUAUUCAACAUUUCAUGCAACGAUACUGCAAAAUCUCUUUUCAGAUCUAUUUUGGCUGCUAGCUAAUAACAUAAUUUCAUAUUGCAGCGGUUAAGACUGAGCAGGAUGUUGCCCCCUCUGAUUUACUUGUUGGGAAGACCCGGAGACGCCGCAACAAGCACCAGUCGGUCUGCCCAAGCACGCAAACACACCGUAAUUUGUUGUGCCAACUUCAUAACAAAUUACCACACCAUACCCAUCAUUUGAAGGUUUUGUAAAUUGUUAAUUCUGCGAAAGUAUGCUAGGAAUUUAUUCUCAUAAUCACAACUGUCAGUCUGUGUAUAUUUGUAUGUUCAGUUAUACAGUAGUUUUUUAUGCACGGAUUACUUCAUCAGCGGUUUCUAUGUUGUCACACAAGCGCACUCGAUUCUUUCCCGUUGAACGAUCACAAUGACGUAGUUGGUGUUCUGUAUUGUUAUUUAUGAAAUAUGAAUUUGGGGAAAAGACUGUGUGUUAACUGUAAUAACUUUUAUGACUGACCCGGUGUUUUAGUAAUGCAGGUUUCUUGAGUCAAAUUCUGUUUGUCUACGUUGUGACAAAAUUAUUUUUUUUUCAAGUUUGUAAUACAGAAUAAACGUCAAAAAGAUUAACGAUAAUGGAUCUGGGAAUAACGCAAAACAAAAAAAAAAGGCCUUGUCAUAAAACUGAAUGGAAUAUCAAGUAUUAAACACAGACGAAUUGUGAAACUAUAUUCGCACCGCUCACACAAAUUGUCAGACGGCAUACGGCCAAGUACGCAUCUAUCAUUUUUAGAGACAGAACAGGGGUAAACAUUUAAAACUUCCCGUGACGUCGAGAAAGUUUGCUCCGUGGCUGUGCGUGACGGUGCGUUCGUAGUGCGGGUGGGGAGCACAACGGGUAAGUGCGUGGGAGAGAGUUUGUCUGCGUUGCGCCUUUAAGAGCUCCGUUUCCACCGCCGCGCCGUGUCCCUCAAACUUGGGAAGUCUGUGAGCACCGUGUGCCGCGGUGCUUCUGAAGGAAGUGACGGGAUUGAUUGAAUGGGAGAGAGAGAGAGAGAGGAAAGUAAAGAGACAAAGCAGAGCCCGAAAAAAAAAAGUAAAGACGCGGGGAGUGUUGGAGAGAGCCGGAGAGACAGAUGGGGGAGUUUUCAACCCGCAAUCUCCUCUUUCCAGUCGCUGCGUUUGUGCACGAAGACGCGAAAAGCCGUCCGCGCUUCUGAAGUGGCUGCUCCAGUGCUGAGCAGAGAUUUGCGAUUUCCAGGACAGAGAAGCACACAAGGAGCGCAGUUCUCUGUUGCACGCAAACUAAACUUUUUUUUUUUUGGAGGAAGGGGAGAAAACGGAGACUUAAAAUCCUCAGCAUGAUACCUUUACGGAGUUGCGUGGAAGGAGCGGCUCACGGCAAAUUACCCCGCUACCCCAGCGGCGGUAGACAUUGAAAACAGCUUCAACUUAAUUAAAACCCCGCUUGAGUCCUAUAAACUAGAGCGAGUGGGUUCACUUCACACAAACGGUGCAGAAUUAAAAGUGAAUUCUGGGGAGGAUUUCGACUUGAGACGCUAUUUUGUUUUUCUCCUCCCGGUCCGAGUUCGGUUUUGCCUGUUCUGGGAUGUUGACUGUGUGGAUCUUGCCGGUGUCGGUUCGGAUUACUCGGGUUCUCGCUGCGUUGCUCCUCCUGUCAUCGAGUGGGUUUAGCUCCGAGCUGAAGGUCCGAGUGCGCGUCGCCGAUGGGCAGGUCGCAGAGGAGACCCUGGAAGCGGACAGCGAGAGGGAUGUGAUUACCGUGGAGUUCAGGCAGGGGGACGGUACUCUCAUCACCUUCGUGGCCGAUUUCAAACAGGAUGUGAAGAUUUUCCGUUCGCUGAUCCUGGGGGAGCCGGAGAGGGGACAAAGCCAGUAUCAGGCUCUGUGCUUCGUCACCCGCGCGAGAUGUUGACGUCUCUUUAUCCCUUCCUUGCAGAAGAACCCGCGGGCGAUCCGGUCGGCGGAGGAGAAGCGUGGGGCGGAGCACCUGGCCAUGAACGUGGCGGUCAACCUCAGCCAGGCGGGGCAGCUCAGCGCGCACAUCCGCAACGUCUGCGCCGAGGCCCGCGGGGCCGUGUACUCCCGCGAGGCCGACGUGCGCCACUGGCUGGACCGAGGGGGUGGCGGCGGGGUUAGGGAACGAGGCCGUUCCGGAGAGCGGCCGCACUCUGAAUCCCGGUGUUUUCCAGGGCUGUGUAGGUGGCAGCCCUGCGCCUGCAGCUACAGCCUGCGCCUGGAGUGGUACCCCUGCCUGCUCAAGUACUGCCGCGGGCGCGACGCCGCGGGCAGGGCCGCGCCCUACAAGUGCGGCAUCCGCAGCUGCAGCAAGGGCUACCGCUUCGACUUCUACGUGCCCCAGAAGCAGCUCUGCCUCUGGGAGGAGGACGGCUAGAGCCGGCGGGCUCCCGUCUCUCCGAGCGCCUCUCUCCAGAUUUACUUUUAUGCCCUAUUUAAAGAAAAAUAAAUGGAAGAUGGAAGAUGGUUUUAUUGUGCAGCGGUACCCGAUUUUUCUCUUGCCGGGGUCGGCAGGGGGUUUACGAGAGGAAACGAUAACCUCGGCGUCUCGGAGCCGGAUGUGAUGUUUUGCCGGGGGAAACCGGAACGGCGUCGGCUGGGGGGGGCUGGGGGCUGGCGUCACGAGUGACCCCCCCCCCCCAAGGAGCAGAGACCCGAGCUCUCAUGGCCCACGAGACAUUCGGAGGAUCGCCCCCUCUUUUUUUGGGGGCGGGGUGGGCGGAUCGAUGUAGUGAGGACGUGCUGAAACCCAGCCGGGGCACGCUGCUGCUCCAGGACCCCCUCAGCGCUGGCGCGGCCUCUUCCCCAGGCUGAGAGCCCCCCGCGGUGCCCGGGAAGCAGCCCUUUCUCCCCCAGGCUUGACACGAGUCUGCUCUCCAGCCUGCGAGCUGCCACAGACCCACAGAGCCGCGCAGGAAUUUUUAUGGCCAGAUGAGUGACGUUGCAGCCCUGCCACUGAGGAGGGAUGAGCAGCGGGAUCUGCCGGCACGGGUUCUAAGGUGCCUCUUGAACUGUGGGUUGCUGACCACCUACAGAGCAACAGCCCUGGAAACGUGCCUGAAGAGUGGAAAGAAGCUCAAUCCUGCAGCUCCUGAAGUGUGUUGACUGCACUGGAUAACUGGAGUAUUCUGGGACAGUCACAAGACCAAGCAGGCAAACCAGCGUUGCGACUAAACAGGGAAAUGUUUGCUCAGAGUUCCUGCAUUUUGGGAGUGAUCCAUUUCCCUAUAUCUUUGAUUUUCCUUUUUCUUAUUUGAUUUCCCGUUUAUCACAAAGCCAGGUUGCCUUAUUUCUCUCUGGACUGCAGGUUCUAUUUAUUUUCAAACAGAAUAAAAUGAUCGAUGAUUAAUCUUUUUUUUUUUAAAGGAUGGGUGUAUGUUUACAAGGAAUUGUUGCUCAUAGUCUCACUCAUGUUCAUGGUAUUCUGCAUGUGUCUCAUAGAUCAGGCCUUGCAGGAGAAUUAGGAGGAGGGCCGGGGUUUGCCUUUUAAAACUGAAAAUAUUCAUCUUGUUGCCGAACAGCCUGGCCAUGAACCUCACACGUUGUAUUCUGACCUCAGAGCAGUUCAACACAAUGUCUGUACAUUGCUGUCAGGGUGUAUACCUGCCUAAUUGUCAGCAAUCCCUUAUAUUUGCAGCUUAAUACUGUCCUUCUGAAGGAUAUAUAUACAUAUUUAAUUUGAAAAGUUUCAUAUGAUGGUGCUUCACAGACUUUUGAGUCUGUGUAAGAAGGACCUAUUGCUGAUUUGCCCCUAGGGUGAAAGCUGUUGGCCGUGAAUAGAAGGAUAAGGCCUUCAUAACCCGAGACUGAGAAUAACUGCUUUCUGUGUAAAGGCGCUGUUGAAGGAGUCCCCCGGGACUGUUGAAAGUAGGGGCAGUCUGAGAGGGUCCAUGUCGGAGCUCCACUUGCGAAGCGGGGUGGAGCUGCUGUGUUCAGGAAGGCUCUCGUCCCGCCUGCGGCUGAGCCCGUGAAACACGGAAGGAACAAGGGCGUUCCUGUUUACCUGCGCUACCUGUCCUCCGAGCAGUGUCGCCUCGCCUCGCCUCGCCUCGCCGCGCCGCGCCGCCAGCUGGCAUCAGGGCCCAGUCGCCAGUCUCGGAGCGGUGCUGCCCGGCCCCACAGCCAGCUCGAGUCAUCUGGGGCCGGCGCCCAGCGGCUAGGGUCGCAGCAGGGCCGCUAAACAGGAAGGGAGGGAGAAAGAUAACUUGCCGAUUGCAAUAUUGGAGCACCUUAUGAGUCAUUAUUUUCCAGGUACUGUGCUUGUAAAGCUGAAGGUUAGAGACCUGUUUUUUUUCAUAGGCGUUCCGAAAACUUCAACUACCUGCAUCCCAUACAGAUAACCUUUAAUAAUAAUAAUUUAUAAUAAUUGCUUACACUUAUAUAGCGCUUUUCUGGGCACUCCACUCAAAGCGCUU